CUACAAAUCUCAACCGAUCAAAGCCAAACACCCCCCCCCACCCAAAAAAAAAAAAAAACUUCAUUUUCCCAGAAAUUCCAAGUACUUUCCUGUUGCAAUAAUUUUUUUCUCACUACUUAUUUUUCCCAAUAGUUAUCAACAAUUAUGAUCCAUGAUUAUGGCCCUCCUAAAAUCAUCAUCGUCCAAUUCCUAGCUGCUUCGAUCAUCGGAGCUGCAGCAAUCGCCGCCGCAAGUUACUUCCGACCGAAGAGAAAUCCCGUUAAAGAUCGUCAUCGAAGUCUUCUUAUUCCACUGCAACAGAGGACAGGUUCCGGCCGUUUUGGAAACCGGGAAAGAUUCUCUCACUAUGUUUUUGGCACAGCUAGGCAGCUUGGAUUUGAAGAUGCAAAUGAGUGUCCGAAACUGUGCAAAUUGGCUGAAAAUUAUCUGAAAAAACCCAAAGAUUGUGAGGUUAAGAUCUUUGAGUAUUUUGCUGAAGAACCAGAAGCUGACAUUUUAUAUGGAAAGUUGGUGGAGGAAUUUGAGAGAUGCAUACUUAGCUAUUUUGCUUUCCAUUGGAGCCAAGCUCCUAAUAUGAUUAGCCAGGUUUUGGGUGUUGAAUCUGAGAAGAAAACAAAGCUAAAGGACUUUGUCAUGGCAGCUACAAGGCAAACGAGAUUUGAGAGGGUGAUAAAGGAUUUGAAGGUGGCUAGGGUUUUCUCGACGUUGGUGGAGGAAAUGAAGGCGAUGGGACGUGUGGACGGCGAAGCAAAGUGUACGGACGUGAUGGUGCCGGUGGCCCACAGCCGGCGGAGCCCCGUGCUGUUGCUUAUGGGCGGUGGUAUGGGGGCCGGCAAAAGCACCGUCCUCAAAGAUAUUAUUCUCAAAGAAUCAUUCUGGGCUGAAGCAGCAGCGAAUGCUGUGGUUGUAGAGGCAGAUGCAUUCAAAGAAACAGAUGUUAUAUUCAGAGCUCUCAGCUCUAGGGGCCACCACCAUGAUAUACUUCCUACAUCUGAACUUGUUCAUCAAUCCUCCACAGAUGCUGCAUCAUCACUGCUAGUGACAGCAUUGAAUGAAGGGCGGGAUGUGAUAAUGGAUGGGACUUUAUCAUGGGAGCCUUUCGUCGAGCAAACCAUCGCCAUGGCUCGGAACGUUCACAAACACCGUUACCGGAUGGGGGUCGGAUACAAGGUAGACGAAGAUGGCAAAAUUACUGAGAAUUACUGGGAACAGAUAGAAGAGGAGGAAGAAAACGAUGAUCAUCAAACACAUAGGAAACCUUACAGAAUUGAACUUGUUGGAGUUGUUUGUGAUGCAUAUCUAGCUGUUGUUAGAGGUAUAAGGAGAGCUAUAAUGGUGAAAAGGGCAGUGAGAAUAAAUUCACAGCUAAAAUCCCACAAAAGUUUUGCUAGUGCAUUCCCAAGAUAUUGCCAAUUUGUUGAUAAUGCCAGGCUUUAUUGCACCAAUGCUGUUAAAGGUCCUCCAAAGUUGAUAGCUUGGAAAGAUGGAGAAAACAAGCUGUUGAUAGAUCCAGAUGACAUAAAAUGGUUGUCAAAUGUGAGCAAGUUGAACCCAGGUGCAGACUGUGUAAAUGAGCUUUAUAACCAAGACCCUAGUCCAGUAGAUGAGCCUGGUUCGGUCUGGAAAGACAUUGUUUUGGACCCUUCAAGACCAACCAUUCAAUUUGAGCUAAAAGCUUCCAUUCAAAGAAUCGAAACAACGACGCUGACGACAACAUCAAUUGUAACAUGAACACAAGUACAUAUAAUCUAGCUUCAUUGCAAAGAGUAUGUUCAAGUUUUUUCAAAAAAAUAUUCAUAUCGCCAUUGACAAAGCCUUCAAUUUUGGUUUCAGAUCAACUAUCUCUCCAAUGUAUAUCUUUCAUGUAAUAUUCCAGGAAGGUUAAUGAUAACUUUUGGCUUUUCAGGUUUUUUUUU